AUGAAGACACAUCUCUAUUUUAUCUUGCUGGCUACAAGUGUCUGUGCUGCUCCCCAGAUGAGCAGUAUAGCUGAAUUACUGACGUUAUUAGAACAAAUUUAUAGCUCAGUGGCAGAGGACACUCAGAAUGCAAAUUGUGUGAACAAAAUCUUUGAAGGAACAGAACUGUUGAAAAACAAACUUGAUAUGAACAAAUUCAGUGCUUUUUUCCAAAAAUUUGAACGACUGAAGCAAUCACUCACACCAAGCCUGGGAAAAGAGCAUACAGAAAGAAAGAACCCCAAAAGAUUCAUAGAAAAACUGACAACAUUCAUCAGAAAAUCAUCAAAAAAACCAAGAGCAGCGGCUCAGAGGGGAAAGGACCCGGGACCCCUCCCCGACCUUCCCUGGGCGCGCUGGCAUUUCCGUCCUGCACCUGCCAGGCGAUGCCGUCGUCUGUCCUCGGCCCCGCAGCAGCACGCCGGCGAGCAGGCGGCAUCUCACAGGGUUGAGAGCAGCGGGAGGGAGCAGUCAAACUACCCGGUGGGAUCCCGCACUCGCGCGGGAUGGCAACAAGUUUUCAAGCGCUUGGCAAUGAAGUGCAUCAACCCGAACGCUUGCGCGGGGCUGGCGGCAGUUGCGACCGCCACAGCGAACGGCACGCUGCUGCCUCUCGCGGACUCAGCGCCCAUUCCCAGGCACCUCACCCCAAACCCAGGCGCUGCCCUGCCUCCCUGGUCCGGCCCCCCACGCCAGAGAGCACUGCAGGCAGAAGCACCGCCACCGGAGCCAAGGAGCGGCUGGCUUUGA